AUGAACCUCUGCGAGGACGUGUCCUUCUUACAAGUUGAUCGUUCGUGCAGCAGCAGCGCCGAUGAGACGAGACCAGCAGCAAGAACAACUACCACUCCUCACGCCUCCUCCAUCAUUUCGACGGCCAUCGAAACAUCAAUGACUAUUCAUGUCAAUGGUUCAUCAUCAUCAUCAUGGAAAGAAUCGUUUAGAAAACAACAAUUCUCUCAAUCAUCACUUGAUAAUCCCAACAACAGCAAGACAUCACCACCACCACCACAACAACAACAAUUAAAUAAUAUCCAUCAUCAAUAUGGACACCAAACAACCAUCCAAGAGCUGCAGCUUGUAUUUCAUGUCUCAAAAAGUACCGAAACAAGGAGUCUGCUGCGGAGUCUGAAUUCAGACACGAAAACAAUUUUCUCGAAUAAUAAUCAUCAUCAUAAGAAUCAAGAUACUUGUUCAUCAUCAUCAUCAUCACUUUCAUCAGAGUCUUUCAAAUUUCAAAACAACAACGACAAUCAUCGUCAUCAGCAACAACAACGACGACAAGUGAUGGAACAAGGAAAUUCAAGUGAUAUCCGUAACCUCAAUCACAACAUGAACCAUCUCCACCUUGAUCAAGACACUGAAUCCUUCUCUUCUUUCUCGGCGAGCUCUUCCUCGUCUAAUUUCCAAAAAUGGAAACUUGCAAGUUUGGAUGAUGGAAAGCAAUCUUCUAAUCCAGGUGCUAUUAACAACGACAACAAGUAUUUAUCAAGCUUUUAUCGACGAAAACGAUUUUCAGAGGUACCUUCUUUGUGGAUUUUGACUAUGAGAUUCACCCUGUUUCUCACAAUUCUUUUCAUUUUCUCACAUUACAUUUUCACGACAUCGUGGCUGAAUCAGCUUCCGAUUUCAACCGAAAGUGAUGAAAACAAGCCCGUAUUUUCUUCUUCACUGAGAUACAUGUCCACCUUCAUGGUUCUAGCUUAUAGUUUAAAAUCAAGAUAUUUAAAAGACGCCAUUUCCACAGAUAUUGAGUUGGGCAAAUAUCCUGUCACUUGUCAGCCAAUACCCUCACCUUACUCACUUGAGAUAUUUUCAGCUGGUUUACCUUCAUCGGGUGCUCUGGGAAAUGGAUCUAUUGGAAAUGGCACUGUUGCUUUUCCAAGUUCAACAUUGUUUGUGAGUGAUCCAACCCUUGUAGAAUUUCUAAAAGCUGGUCUUCGAAAAAAAGAGAAAACGGAAGAAGACAGUGUCGCAGCCUCUACAUGGUAUCGUAGAGGUUCAUUCGAUAAAGGAGACGACGAUGAUUCCAAACACAGAUCCCAAAAAUCUGGAAAUUAUGCAGUCAUUCGUCAAAUUUCAGCCUCUGUGACGCAUACAAUUGCUCUUGCAGACGAUUAUAGGACUAUCUAUGUGUUUGGAUUGAAUGAAAAUGGUGGACUAGGAGUACCUCCAACAGAUAAUCCAGUACCUGUACUCACCGCUGAUAAUUCUUUUGUUUUUGAUUGGGAAGACCAGAAUACUCUGCUCAACAAGGCAGCAUUUCCAGAAAUGCAGAAACAAAAUAUUCAGAGAACUCCAACAAAUUACAAGUUUAAAUAUCAACAAAAGGAUAUUUAUGUGAAGUCGGUAAACUCUGGAGCUGGUUUUAGUAUUGUACUUUCUGCUACAGGCCAACUUUUUAGUUUUGGAUCUAGAAAUAAUAUGGGACAGCUUGGAAACAAUUCAACAAAGCCAUCUCAAACACCAGUGCUGAUAAUGGAUAAUGUCGAUGAUGUUUCUGUAGAGAAUGAUCACACGGUUUUCGUUAUCAAGAAUCGAUCGGUUGGGUUUUUUGGUUCAAAUGCGAACAACCAAAUGGGUAUUUCUAGCAUUUCCAAUGAGACAAUGAGAGACAUCUAUUUCUCAUAUUUCACGACACCUAUCCUUGCCUAUUUAGAUUCCUUACAAAUUCCAGGCUAUAUUCCACAAGGAAAAGGCUUUGGUGUGAAAGAUGUAGUUGCUGGAAAAUUCAACACUUUAAUCAUUGGAGAUGAAGAGGUUUUAAUUUUAGGAGAUAUCAAUAACUUGGUUACUGACAAACAGGCUCUGGGUUUGGAAUUACGUCCUGCUAAAUUUGUCGGUAGAUUUCCAGGAUAUAAUGUCACCUUUGAGGGCUUGGCAUUCAACAAACAAACAGUAUUUAAUGGCACUUUGGCUUCCGUUGAUGACGUUAAACUGUGUGACAGAUUUUUAUUACUUGUCGACAAAAACAAGAAGGUGUGGGUGUUUGGAACAGCAGCUCCCAAACGUGACGUGUCCAUGUUGGGAGAGAUCACUCCACCAAACUUUUUAAUUAAUUUUGGAGUGCCCAACAAGGUAAUCAAGGCUAAAUGUGGUUCACGUCACGUCGUCGUACUCACAGAGGAUAAUGUGGCAUACGGUGCUGGAUCAAAUUCAUAUGGUCAAUUGGGGGUAUCACCUAGAAUUCGACUCGGCGCAGAAAUUCGAUCUCCCAUAGUGCUUGGAAGAAACGUUACAGACAUUGAAUGUGGAGAUUUUAAUACUUUCCUUACUCGUGACGACAAUACUGUACGAGCAUUUGGUCUUAACAAUUUAGGACAAUUGGGAGUGAAGCCAUCACCUAACAGGUCAUCAGCCAACACUCGUUUCUUGUUUGCAGUUGCAGGAACUACAUCAGUACAGAACAAUGCUCUUGUUAAGGUUGACUAUUCUCCCGUCACAAAUAUUUCCCUUCAGACAGGACCAUUCCAAACAUUUAUACAAACACCAACUUCCUUUUAUGUUACGGGACGUAAUUACAAUUCCAUGUUUUCCUCACUGGCCGAUGUGAUUUAUUCACCAGUUUUGGUGACCAUCAAUGCUAAAAUGAUUUGUUCGACCUUCACCAACACUAUCGUUUUACAGAGAGAUACAAAUGAUUUGUUGUUACUUGGUGCUGACAAUGUUUAUAUGAAAAAUCCUCUCACAGCUUCAAACAAGAAAUUCAAAGCGAUUGCCUGUGGUGCUUACCAUGCUCUCAUGAUUGAUCAAGAUGGAGGUUUAUAUUCAGUGGGUUUGAAUCAAAAUGGACAACUUGGAACUGGAAAUGUUGGCUCUGGAACUGUUCAAGCCACAACUGUGUCUCUGAAUGGAGAAAAGGCAGCUGCCAUUUCAUGUGGAGCAAAACAUUCCAUGGUUUUGACUGAGACAGGAACAGCCUAUGUGUUUGGUGACAAUAGUUAUGGUCAAUGUGGAAUCAGCAGUACGAAUACGCACAAUGUGUUAACUCCAACAAAAUUGCAGACCUCACAAACUGUGAAAAAAAUUGUUGCAGGUUACUAUCACUCGCAUGUCAUGUUAGACGAUGGCACAAUUCUAUCAUUUGGAAGAAACGAUUAUGGCCAAUUGGGUAAUUUGGAAGGAACUAGCAGCUCCUUUAUUUUUUCUCCCACACGAGUGUUAAUUCCAAGUAAUGUAAGAAUUGCUGACAUCUCAUCAGGAGCUUUUCACACUGUCAUGUUGACGACUACAGGAGAGGUCUAUGCAUUUGGAAACAAUGAUUAUGGACAAAUUGGAUCUGCCAAUGAUACCAUUCAGACUUCAAAUAUUAUUUCUUUAUCUGAAUCUAGAAAAGCUAUUUUAAUGGCAAUGGCAGGUGGUUUUCAUAGUGUCUUCUUGUCAGCCCCUGCCAUCAAGGGUUAUUGUCCUGUUAUCACCUGUAAUGGAAUUGUCAGAACAAGCGCUGACGUUUGUAACAGAGGAAAUGGUACUUGCACUAUUGAAGGAAUUUGUUCAUGCAAUACCGGUUACUUUGGAUCCAAUUGCGAAUUUGGUUUAUGUUUUGGAAAGAAUGGAACAGACCCUACUGUUUGUAAUGGAAGAGGUAUUUGUAUUUAUCAAGACACUUGUGUGUGUAAUAGUAAUUACACAGGAGCUCAAUGCCAAACCUUAAUCUCGGCACUUGAUGAGUCAACCAUUCUUGCUAUUGCCUUACCUGUGACAAGCGUUGUUUUACUCAUCUUACUCGCUGGAUUAUUUAUUGCCAUCUCCUUGUUCAUCAUUAUGAAGAAAGAUCGAAAGAAGAAAUCCGAGGAGCGAGAAACAUCAAGUGGAACAGAAAGUGCCAUUGUUGGUGGCACAGAAAGCGCUCUUGUUGGAACCACUCAAAAAGCUGGUGGCGAUUUUGAAUCGAACUUGAGUUUAUCCAUGGAUAAGGAAAUGAAUUUGUUCCAAUCAAAUUCGACUCCUGUCAGUAGCAGUAAUAAUACGAACAAUACGACUCCAUUCUCUGGUACCACUUCAUACAAUCUUAAUCGUUCUACCAACAGUAACAAUAUCAGAACCUUUAUGAACAUUUCACAAGUUUCUACAGCAACAACUCUGACAGAUAAUGGACAGUAUCAGAAUAGCAACGGUGGAACAUCCAUGUUGAUCGAUCGAUUUACAAAUCUUUCAAAGGUUGGAUCGGGUGCUUUUGGUGUGGUCUUGAAGGGUCAAGAUUUGAAACAAAACAAUCAAUGGAAAGCCAUCAAACUCAUUCGUUUUGGUAGUCUUAACGAAUUGAACCAAACUUUGAGAGAGGCCACACAUUUACUGCGAAUGGUUCAUCCAAAUAUUGUUCGUGUGAAUGAUGUUUUUAUUGAUCCAGGUCAACAAAUGUUGUGUAUGGAAAUGGACUUUUAUGAAUUGGGUGAUUUGGAGAAAUUCAUUGAAAAUCAAAUGUUGCUUGGAAUUUUCACACUUCCUGAAGAGAUUGUGGCUCAACUCAUUUAUCAACUCUGCUCUGCACUUCACUACAUGAAUACUGAUUUCAAUAUGAUUCACAGAGAUGUGAAACCUUCUAAUAUUUUCGUCAAGAAUUACAAUCGUCAGAAUUCUUUCAUUGAGGUCGUUCUCGGAGAUUUUGGUCUAGCAAAGAAGGGAUGGAGAAAUAGUUCUACAUCUUUCAAUGAAGCACAAUCUUCAUCUGGAAAUUCUAACAGUGAUGAAUACGUUCUCACAAAUGAGGAGAACACACAAGACUUGUUAUCCAAAGAUGCUCAUACUUUAUUGAGUACACAACUUGGAUUUGCUGGAACACCAAUUUACAUGAGCUGGGAAUCACUUGUUCAAGGAAAGUAUUGCUUUCAAUCAGAUGUCUUCUCAGUGGGUGUCACUGCUUAUCAAUGUUUAACGGGUGAUACUGAAACUUGCAUUACACAACUCUAUCUCAAGGAACAUCAAUACAAACUUCAUCUCAAAGAAACACCAGAAUCUGUCGAACAGUUGAUUAGAAACAAUUUUGCAACAAAGGCUCCUCAAUGUUCACAAGAGCUUGUGGAAAUUGUUAUUUCCAUGUUAAAGAAAAAUCCUGAAGAGAGACCUUUACCAAAUCAAGUGACACAACUCGAAUACUUUCACAAAAUGUUCAAUCGAAAUUAA